UCAGCAGGUGGUCUAGUCAUGGCUAUGUCAGCCGUUAAGAAAUGUUUACAGUUUGCUAUGCUAUGCUACUAUGCUACAGCACUUUUGUAACCACCAGGUGGUGGUUACAAAAGUGCUCGCGAGGCCUAUAUUUAGAAUCCUUUGAAGACGGGCUGUUGUAGCAAUUCGGAUGGGCAGGCCAUAGAUGUGCUAUGGGGCAGGCUGCGUGCCAAAUUCUCAGCGAUAGGGACAGUGAAACCGAAGCAGAUUCCUUAGAAAAAGGAAGAGGGUCUUCUGUGAAGAUAAUUUGACUCAUGUGAUGUAAAUAGCUCUUUGGUGACAUUAGGACAUAACCCUUAACCCCACCACCAUGAAGUUUGAACACAUUCUUGCGGAGAUCAAUGGGUUUGGCAGGUUCCAAGUCAUGAUAGUGCUCAUUCAGUGUGUGUCACGCGUCACCCUGCCUGCCCACUUCCUGUUGAACAAUUUUAUCGCGGCCGUGCCACCUCACCACUGUGCUGUUGACUGGCUCGCCGCCGACGCAUUUAGGAACUUCACUGCGCAGCAAAAGCAGAUCGUCAGUAUCCCAUUAGAACAAGAUGGAGAACACUCUUCCUGUCUUAUGUUCUCCGAGCCCCCCUUUCACCUGUUGAACAACUCAUCCAAGAUCAACACCACCGACCUUCCUGCUGCUGAGCCGUGUCAGAAUGGAUGGGUGUUUGACAACAGCACCUUCAAAAGCACUCUGGCCACAGAGUGGAAUUUGGUAUGCCGAAGCAAGGGGAUGAACAAGGCCACAGCCACCAUCUUCUUCAUUGGUGUGAUGAUGGGCGCGCCCGUAUUUGGUCUCCUUAGCGACAGGUUUGGCAGGAGGCCUCUGUUGAUGGUGGCCUACCUAUCCACCAUUCUCUUCUCGACAGCCUCUGCAUUUUCCCUUUCCUACAUCAUGUACAUGGCCAUGCGAUUCCUCACUGGAUUCACCAUUGCUGGGAUCAGCAUCAUCUCUAUUGUCCUAAGUGUGGAGUGGUUUGACAUUGAGCACAGGACGUUUGCCGGCAUCAUCGUGAGUCUGGAUUGGACCGUUGGAAACCUGCUGCUUGCGGGGGUGGCAUAUCUGGUCAACGACUGGCGCUGGCUGACCAUUGCCGUUACAUCACCUCUCCUCCUCUCUGUCGCUUUGUGGUGGUGGCUUCCAGAAUCUGCCCGCUGGCUGAUAGCCAAUGGGAAGACGGAACAAGCCCAUGUAUACCUACAAAGAUGUGCUGAGAUGAACAAAUGCAAAGCUGACUUCACACCAGAGACUCUACUUGAUGCAGUGAUGGGAGAGCAACACCGGAAGUACACCCUUGUGGACUUAAUGAGAACUCCAAAUAUCCGUAAAUUGGCCAUCUGUACUGGAAUAGUGUGGUUUGGUGUGGCUUUUACCUAUUAUGGGAUCAGUCUGAAUGUGACUGGAUUUGGCCUUAAUAUCUACCUGACACAGUUCAUCUACGCGUCCAUUGAGAUGCCGGGGAAGAUUGGUGUGUACUACUUCCUGAAUAAGAUUGGGCGGAAGCCUGGUGAGGUGGGGACCCUACUUCUCACCGGUGUCUGCCUCCUCAUCAACAUGUUUGUGCCCCAAGGUCUGUGGGUAGUUCGCACUGUGGUGGGUGUGUUGGGAAAAGGUCUGUCCGAAGCUGCCUUCACCAUCAUGUUCCUGUACACCACAGAGCUUUACCCAACUGUCGUCAGACAGAACGGCAUUGGAUACACCUCCUUCAUCGCACGGAUGGGUGUAUCGCUGGCCCCUUUGGUCAUCCUGCUAGAGGAUGUCUGGAAGCUUCUCCCCAGUAUCGUGUUUUGUGCUGUCGCGGUCCUCAGCGGUCUCGUCGCAUGUCUUCUGCCAGAGACCAGAGAUGUUCCUCUGCCUGAAUUCAUUGAUGACAUUGAGGAAACGAGGUUCACUCAGAAACCAAAGCUAUCAAGUACCCAAGAUCUUUGAAGCGUUUACUCUGGAAUUCUUUGGUAAUGGUCAUUCAGUCCAUAAACUUUAAUGUUCACGUUAUUAUUAUUAUUUCUUAUUGUCUUUUUUAAGAACUUUUAGGUAUUUCUGGUGCUUUUUUCCUUGUUUAUUUUGUUUUUCUCCUGUUUUUAAGGAGUUUGUAAUGUUUUGCAUGAACAUUUAAAGAUGCAUAAAAAAGGUUUGGUAAAUUUG